UGUGUGUGUGUGUGUGUGUGUGUGUGUGUGUGUGUGUGUGUACGUGUGUGUGUGUGUGUGUGUACAUUCAUAUGAUUUAGAAAUCCAAUUGAGGAAACAAAUCAAACAUGCUUUGCACUAUUUGUGAAAGAAGCACAAACCACUAAUAAGUAAAGAAUAGUUAUAAACAAAGAGGAAAGAGAGAACUUGGGGCUUUGUUCAGGUUAUUCCUAACAUGUGGUCACGGACCAUAAUCUCUCCUUCAAGUGCUUCCAGAACACCUUCCGCGAUUUAUCCGUCAUGCUGUAAUGUCUGUUUUGCUGUGUAUGGGAAUGAUUCUUCCUUUGAGGCUCAGUGCCUUUUUAUAUUUGGAAGACAACUCCAUUAACGCCAAUUAAAAGGGAGUCCUCGUCAGUCCUUUCCUGUUGUAGCUGUAUAUUCUUAUUCCAGCAUGUGGACAGGGGUCGUAUAGUGUAGUCUAUGAAAUGCUCUAUACAACUUUUGUCAGCCCUUUUUACUGUUUUUAUUUUUUUAUUUUUAUGUAGCCUAUCUUGUCAGCUGAAUUUUGUAUCGAUCCAAUUUAAUUUUAAUAAAAUAUAAAGAAAUAAAGAAUAUGUGUGAGUCAGUAACUGUUAUUUCAGGUAGAUGAAACACCACUUGUAUCUUUGCAGACAAAUCUGAUCACAUUAACUCAACAUGUAGGCUACACUGGUAUAGGCUUAUAUAGCACAUGUGUUUAUCGUAGGGAUGUUGUGAGACUUUUUUUCCAUCAGGGAACGUAUCAGACUGGCUCCUUCCCUCCUCGUCCUGCCCUCCUCUGGACUAGAGCUGUCUGGAGUUGGAAUCAACCCGUCGCCUCACAUCCCUCCAGAGCGCGCGCGCACACAGCCGUCUAUACACGAUGUCUCCUCUCAUUGCCCGCCUGCUGCUGCUUGUCUGCUUGGCUUUACCUCUUUAUGGCGUGGAAAAGGUGAGAAAUAGAGGAUACCGAAAGGAUCCUGACGCCGACAAGUGCACUGGGAAUGACGCAGACAAGCCCAACUGCACUAGACACUCUGGAGAAGGAAGAUCUGCUCAUUUGAACAACACGUAUGGCAGUUGCAUACAGGGGCCAGCAGGCACUGCCGGCAGAGAGGGCAACCCCGGAACCAAUGGCAUCCCGGGGACGCCGGGCAUCCCUGGCCGGGACGGGAACAAAGGUGAGAAAGGCGAGUGCAUCAACGAGAUCUUCGAGGAGGCCUGGAGGCCCAACUACAAGCAGUGUGCCUGGAACUCUCUGAAUUAUGGCAUCGACCUGGGUAAAGUGGCUGACUGUACGUUCACCAAGCUGCGUACGGACAGCACCCUCAGGGUCCUCUUCAGUGGCUCCCUCAGACUCAAGUGUAAGAACGCAUGCUGCCAGAGGUGGUACUUCACCUUCAAUGGGGCGGAGUGCGCCGGACCCCUCCCCAUAGAGUCCAUCAUCUACUUAGACCAAGGAAGUCCUGAGCUCAACUCAACCAUCAACAUCCACAGAACGUCCUCGGUUGAAGGGCUGUGUGAGGGAGUGAAAGCAGGGUUGGUGGACGUGGCCGUGUGGGUCGGGACCUGUGCCGACUAUCCCAGAGGUGACGCUUCUACAGGGUGGAAUUCAGUAUCCAGGGUUAUCAUUGAGGAACUGCCAAAAUAAAAUAAAAAUAAGUUACAUGUAAGGGAGGGGCCGGUCCUGGUAGUGUGGCAGUAUGUUAUUUGGCCCUCCAAAACGAUCAGGUACGGUUUGCUGAGGCGUCACAGCAUCACUGAUGGGAACUUGAAUGUUUUCUUUUUAAAUACUAGUUGACAGGCCUAUAAACAAGAAUACUGUGUCAUUCUGUCUACCAGGAAUAACCUUUGUACUGUACCUCUUCUGCUUAUGGGUGCUGCUGCUGGUGCACAGUAACCAUUUAACAGACAUUGUGACAAGACAUUGACAAUAUUUAAACUAUGUACUCAUGUGCCAUGUUUAUAUUUGUUAUUACUGUUAAUAAAGUCUUUUUUUUUUUUUCUAUUAAGAAUUUAACUCUAACUUUCUAACUACUUGUGAUGUUUAGGAGCUUUGAAAUACACUGCGCUAAAUUCAGUGUAGCCACAAAGUUAUACAUUCAAUGUAUAAAUCCAACACAACAAUGCAGACAAAGCAGUUUGGGGUUUAUAACAAAAGCAGUUACAAUUUGUAGCCAGGUAAUAAAGGAAUUAUGGGGAUAAACAAAAAUAAUCCCAAAUUGCUGUUGUAUGUUCACAUAAAGCAAUAAUUUUAAAGAGAAACUCAUACGACACACACGUGCAACUGGAACCCUGAGAUCUACAAUUUUGCUGUUAAUAAUCAGCUUUUCAUAAGUGUGUUCCCCUUUCUGCUGCCAGAAAACAUCAAAUGUAAACAUAAUUAUGACAAAAGGCUGCACGUCCUUUGGCGUUUAGUUGCUCAGUUUUGGCAACUAUUGUCCAGUUGUUCCCAGUGCAAACAAAUGCUUCUCGCAUCUGCACCUUUACAUGUACACUGCACCGAGAGUUUCUCUGAAUGCCACCAAAGCGUCAGUGUGAGCUCAGAGUCUUCGCAAGCUGUCCGCGCUGCGCUUUUAGGCCUCACUGAUUUUGUCCCAGGAGGUAGUGAGACACAUUCUCAUAAACUACAAACGUGAUGCAGCAGGCGGGA